GACCUGGUUACACAACCGAAACACAAGUCUUCAAAUAAUAUCUGCCAAAAGCUUUUCAAUCGAGUCGGAUUGAAACGCUUAGGACAACGGAAAUCAUCUUUCCUCGCCGUUUUCGCUGUAAUCUGGAUUCAAUCGGGGUUGUCUGUGAACUCGCUUUCGUUUAUCCACUCUGGUAAAUUUUGACACUACUUUUUUUUGGUAUGAGGAUUUUUCUAGGUAAAAAAUUCAGCAGAGAUGAUAAGUUUUGACUAAUAUUCAGAGAACAAACCAGAAGUUCGAAAUGCCCACUUUUUCGGCCAUUACAGUAGAAAGGGUGGUAGAAAGCAAUGAAAAAACCAAGGCCAAACUGAAAAACAAAUCGUUAACCGAAAGAAAGGGUGCCCCUCCUCGUUUUGGUUCGCCAAUACUUUACACCACGCCCAAAAGCACUCCAAUUCCUUACAUUUCAAGAUCUUUUACAGCAUCCCCUUACGUUAUCAAUCAUAAAAGAAGGGGGCCUCCUCCUGUGAUUGUGGAGAAAGUCGAAGUCAACGAUGCCCCCUGCCAGAAUGGAUUUCUGUUGGGUGACAGAGAUCGAGAUUGUCGAGAUUGUGAUACUCAAAAGGGGAUUACUGAAAAUAAGAUCAUAAGUGAUGAAAUAGGGAUCAAUAAUGAAGAAAUUAAAGAAACCCAACAAGAAAAUAAGGAAAUUGGGGCUAAGAGCUAUAACGAAAAAAAUAUAAACAAUAUAGAAAACAGGGAAAAAAAAUAUCUUAGUGUAAGGGAAGACAGUGCGGUAGCAGAAAAAUCUAAAAGUGUCUUGAUACAGGACAAGGGUGUAAAUCAAGAACUUAAUGUAGAAAUCAGAACAAUUGGGAUUUUGGGGGCCGAGGAGGUGUUAAACAAGCAAAAAUAUAAAAAAAAUAAGGUCAAUGGUGAUAAAAUUAGGGCAGAUGAAGAAACAAGGAUAAGGGAAGGAAAUGGGUUUAAAGAAAGGGAUAAUGAAAAUGAGGUCAAUGGCAAUGAAAAUAUGGCGGAGGAAGAAAUCAGAAUAAGAGAAGAAAAUGGUGUAACAGAGAAAAGUAUUGUAAAAGAGGAAAUGGGUGUUAGUCAAGAAUUUGGUGUAGAAAUAAGGAAAAUUGAUACUGAAGGAUUCGAGGGGUUGUUGAAGGGCAUUAAAGUGAAAUGCGAUCUUGCCGAUACAGAGUUAGAAUCACCUGCUGAAGGCAGACUGAAAUUGGAUUCUAAUUUGCGGGAUUUCUCACCAGAGGGAAUGAUGGAUGGGUCUGUUGUAUCUAAUGAUCAGGAUAAUGUGGCAACGGCAUUGAACAUGAGGAAGUUUCCUUUUUCAGGGUUGAAUAAGGUUAAGACCAUCAAUGGGCAGACUGAAUUCUGUUGUGUGCCGGAAAAUGAAAUCUGUUUGAAGAGCAGUGGCGAUGAAGUAUUCAGAUCUUCAGGUGACUUAGACUAUACUCCAAGGACAAAUCGAAGUGAUUUCUUUGAUGCAGAGGAUGAUCUCCCCCCUGAAGAUGAUCUGGGGCCAUCCUCACGGAGCUACAACUCAAGGACACAUGCUGAACUUGAUAUCCUAAGAUCAAAAAUUUCUAUGGAGAUAGGACGGCGCAUAAGGGUGGAAGAAGCUUUAUCACUUUUGCAGAACCUUUGGCAAGAAAUUAUAGAGAAAUUUACAUUGAGUGGGGUGUCAUUAUCAUCAAUAGAAAUUGAUGGAAAUAGAAUGGCUAGCUUUGUUGACGAUGUCUGUGGUCAGUUAACCAUUGCAAGGACAGUGGCAAAUGCUGUUGGAAGGGCAUCAAUAAGAGCAGAAACAGAACAUGAGAUGAAGGUUCAGAUUGAUAAUAAAAAUACUGAGAUUUCAAGGUUACGUGAUAAAUUCCAGUACUAUGAGUUGGUCAAUCGCGAAAUGUCUCAACGGAAUCAAGAAGCCAUAGAACUUGCAAGGAGACGCCGACGAAGACUGAAGAAAAGACAACAGUGGCUCUGGAGUUCCUUUGCCAUAUCAAUUGCCAUUGGUGCAACAGCUGUGUCAUUACGGCAUAAAUUUAUACACACUGAGUUCAAAUGAAAGAUCGGAUGCCUUCAUAGUGCAGAAGAUCUAACUUUUCAUGAAAUGACAUUUGAUAGUGUAUAUUUAUAAUUUUUAUUUGGUAGGAAGGGAGUUGGCCCGUUGGGUUAGUUCCAUUUUUGAUACCUUGCCUACCAAUGCUCCAUGGCACGGUGACAAUAUAACAACAAAAUUAAGCAAUACCGAUGAGUUCCCUUUUUCCUGGGUCUGGUUAUCUAAUUUGAAAAUGUAGAGAAUAUCUCAUUCCAGUUUUUCUUGGUCUCUGAAGAUUGAAGUUAUUACAAUCAGCAUAUCAGUUGUUUGUAGAAAUUGAUGAAAGCGAAUAUGUUAGAAAGCAAAUUUUGUUGGGAA